GAGGUAUAUACGAAAUAGAGAGGUGGGAGGUGGGUCAGUCAGUGUGUGUGAGGCCAGGGUGUUGGAGGUGCGGCAGACACUCAUACUGCCGCAGCAGGUGCGGGAGACACACUCAUACUGCCGCAGCAGGUGCGGGAGACACUCAUACUGCCGCAGCAGGUGCGGGAGACACACUCAUACUGCCGCAGUAGGUGCGGGAGACACACUCAUACUGCCGCAGCAGGUGCGGGAAACACACUCACACUGCCGCAGCAGGUGUGGGAGACACUCAUACUGCCGCAGCAGGCGCAGGAGACACUCAUACUGCCGCAGUAGGUGCGGGAGAGAUACACUGCUGCAACAGGUGCUGGAGACACACUCACACUGCCGCAGCAGGUGCGGGAGACACUCACACUGCCGCAACAGGUGAGGGGAGAGAGAGAGAGACACUCUCACUGCAGGUGCGGGAGAGACAUAAUCACACAUACUGCCGCAGGUGCUGGAGAGAGACACACACACACUCACACACACUGCCGCAGUUUCAGAACUUGUUGUGUCUUGGUGUGUGUUUGUUAUCCGUGUGGAGGUGCCGCUUGCGGCUUCUCCUUCCUGCCCCCACCAUGAUGGACCGCACCCUCAAGUCCGUCACGCCGCCACCGCAAGCGGCGGCGAUGGAAGCACAGCGGCAUGCAUCUCCGCCGCUGCCGCAGCUGGAGACGCAGCUGGGACCGCCGCCUUGCCGCUCCUCCCGCGUCUACACCAUUGAGGACAUACUGGGUCGGCCGCAGCCGCAGGAGCAGCCAGCGCCGCAGGUUACCGCAGGAGAUACGCUUGCCGCAGACUCCGGGGUGGGAGUAGGCAGCCCUGAGGUAUCCCCUCGUGGUGAUGGGGAUUCCACCACCUCCCCUGAGUGUCCGGACCAACACAACGAUCCCUUCGACCCCGACAAGCCACGGAAGCUGACGAGUACUGGUGCCCCUCGUCCGCAGGUCCGCCGCUCACGAACCACCUUCACCACCUACCAGCUGCACCAGCUGGAGCGGGCCUUCGAGAAGACACAGUACCCAGAUGUGUUCACCAGGGAGGAGCUUGCUAUGAGGCUAGACCUAUCCGAGGCUCGUGUUCAGGUGUGGUUCCAGAACCGUCGGGCCAAGUGGAGGAAGAGGGAGAAGGCACUGGGGCGUGAGAGCCCCUCCUUCAUGGGAGUGGACCACCCCCUGGGCACCAUGCCCGACCUGCCGCUGCCUCUGGCACCGCCACCACAUUCCGUCGCCGCCUCCGCCGCCGACCUGCUCCAUCUGCACGCUCUCCACGCCCUCCACCUCCACCCUUUCCUGCACCCUUCCCACGCCCCAGGUCUGCAUCCCAAGGGUCCUCCGCCCCUGCACGCCCUCCUGCACCACUACAUGCUGCCUCCGGGGCUGCCCCUGCUGCACCCUGCCUCCAGUGUAGCUCAGGGUAUCCACCUCCCUAUGAUGGCCACCUCCACCGCCGCCUCCGCCAGCCCAGACGCCUCCCCUGCCCACUCCCCGCCCAUCACCACCGCCACCGCCACCACGCCCACAGGAGCCCCAGCAUCCCCGCCCACAGGAUUGCCGCUGGACUGCCGUGGAGCCUCCGUCGACCUCCUGCGACUGAAGGCUCGGCAACACCAGGCUCUACUGGAGCGCCUCUCACCUCCCUCCUCCAGUGUACACGCCUCCUCCUGAACAUACACGCCAGGCUACAUCCACCUCCACGACCAGUCUUGGAGCGCCUCUCUCUCACCCACGUAGUGGAGAGACCGUGGACUCGUUUCCCAGGACGAACGGAGACAUAUGGGCAAGUCUCCCUGCAUUCGC